AUGUACAAGAAAGAGGUGGAGAUAGGGAGUUUCAGAAAAGUCUUUCGGAUUCCGGAUGGAGUGGUUUUGGAUCGAAUCAAGGCCAAGUUUAAGGAACGCGAAUCAACUCUCACCAUCGUCAUGCCAAAAUCGGAGAAAGGUAUUCGAGAGGUUGGGAUUGAGGAAGUGAAAGAUGAUGGGGUGGAUAAAGGACUAGAAACACAGCAGAUGGCACAACCUGCAGCUGAAGAGGUUCCUGAAAAAGAUGGUUCUAUGGGGAAAGUUGAGGUAGAAUUUGUUGAGGCUGAGGAAAAGAAAAUGGAAGAAAAUCGUCAGAUCAAGGGAAAAGAAGUUGAUGAAGAGGUGUCCAAGAAAGAAACUGUAGCUGAUGGAGUUCUUGGGAAGGACAUGAGUGGGGGAAAAAAUCAGGAAGAAGCUAGAGCUUCGAAGAUACAGAGUAUGCAAGAGACAGAAAAGUCUGUAUCGAGAAAUAGAGAAGAGCCAAAAAUGGCAAGGAUUGCGAAGAUUGAAGAAGCUGAUGAUGUUGAGAAAGAGACGGUUGCUAGAAAGGAAUUAGGCACAGAACAAAUUGUAACUGAUUAUAAGGUGCCAAAGACUGAGGAUGCUAAAGAGACAAUGAAGGAAGAUACAGGCACUCAAGUAAGUCAAGAAGUUGCUAAGCCAUCGCAAGAAACUCAGGCAACCAUACAUCACACUGAACAGAAGGGUUCUGAGCUCCCCAAAUUGGAAGGACAGGUGCAGAAGCAGAGAAGUCCAGAAGCUGAUCAAAGCGAAAAGCGAAAUGCGGGGCUGGAGGAUGACAUUCGUAGUAGACGAGAGAGCAGUGACUCAUCAAAACCUGCAGGAGAUACAAUAACCACACAACAAGAAGCUCAAGCUCAACAGAUAGAGACUACAGAUGGAAUUAGUACAGAAGGAGAGAGCAGUGAUCUAGAGAAGACGCCUCCUCGUUUGGAAAAAUCUAAUCUGCUGUGCUCUCCAUUCAUCAUUGCAGCGAUAGGGAGGGGGGGAUUCGAACUCGGGUGCAGAGUGAAGAGCACAUCUGCUCUAGCCAACUUGGCUAAGCCCUUUGCUUCACACAAACUCUUAGCCAGCAUUGAAUUUGGACAGUUUUACAUGCCGUUACGUCUGGUCCCAGAAAUUGGCUUGCAGAAAUUAGAACGUGAAAAGCAAGAAGAGCCAUUGGGGGUGUCAACUGCUCUGGAAGCCUCUCAUCUUGACGAGCUACCAACUGCACUCUUCACCAUAACCCUAAUUGAGGAUAAGACAGCGACGGAUGAUCUGCAAAAACUUUGUGUGGGAAAGGACGUAUUCAGUCAGAGGCUUCCGGUUAGAAAAACGCUACGUGAGAGAAUCCUGGCUGUUGAUGCAGAGUCAGGACUGUUCCAGCUACUUCAAGAUGUGACUGAAGAUACUAAUUUCGAAACAGCGGAGAAAGACAGGGAACUUAAAUAUACAAGGGUUGAACGUAGGAGGGAGGCAAAAGGGAAGAAGGCAAGCUCCAAAGAGCAGAGGACUAUGUUGAACAAACAAGGAGCUUAA